AUGACUACGAGGUCGUUGAAUAUCAAACCUUCCAUGGGGUCCAUGAAGGCGGUGUCUGCGAUGGGUACAGCUGUGACGCAGGGCGAGGUGAAGCCGUUUAAGCCAUGUGCUAAUUGUAACUGUACUCCUGGGCAGUUGUGGAGACAGGGGAGGAGGACUUCGCAGUUUUUGAAGCAGAUUUCGAACAGCAGGAGGGCGUCGGGGGUGAGUGGAUCAAGAGGGGGGUCGAACGAAUCAGUGUACUCGAGCGAUAGUAUCAGUCAGUCUCGGAGUAUUAGUACCACGGAGCGGUUAGUUGCUUUGAGAAAGGAGAUGGCGAAGCACGAUUUGGGUUGCUAUGUUAUUCCUUCGGAGGAUGAGCAUCAGUCUGAAUAUGUUGCUGACAGUGAUAAGCGUCGGGGUUUCGUUUCAGGCUUUACUGGUAGUACUGGGGUUGCGUGCGUUACUCGGAAUAUGUUGAACUUUAAUGAAGAUGCACCCGAUGGCAAGGCGGUGUUGAGUACGGACGGGCGUUAUUUCAAUCAGGCUGCGCAGGAGCUGGACCAGAAUUGGUCCUUGAUCAGGGAGGGUGAAGAUUCGUUGGACUGGUCUCAGUGGUGUGUCAAUGAAGCAUAUGACAUGUCGUUAAGUUUGGGCGGCAAAACAGUUCGUAUUGGUGUUGAUCCAAGGUUGAUUUCGUACAGCAAGGUGACAUCCUUUCGGAAGCAGAUUGAUAACAAGUUAAAGGGCUGUAGCGGUGUAUCUGUGGAGCUUGUUCCGCUUGUGGUUAACUUGGUGGACGUCAUUUGGGACAGCUUUGAGAAGAAACCGGAGCGGGAUUUAAAACCCUUAUUAUUUUUGGAAUACGCCUUCAGUGGUAAAUCCUACAAAGAGAAACGGGAGGAGCUAAUGAAAUACAUGAAGCAAAGCUAUCCCGAAUGCGAAGCCCUUUGCGUGGUUGCGUUAGAUGAGAUAUGUUGGUUGUUGAAUUUGCGUGGAAUGGAUAUAGAAUACAAUCCGGUCUUUUAUUCUUACCUAUUAUUAGAUGGAAAUUCGACCACGCUAUUUACAGAUAAUCCUCUCAGUGCCGAAAUAUCAGCCUACCUCAAAGAUAAUGGUCUAACUGUGAAGCCAUACGGUGAAGUUUGGAAUUCUUUAAAAAAUACCGCUGCCGUGUAUGCAGAAAACUCUAGGUCACUUUUGGUAUCAUCCUUUUCCUCGUGGGAAGUAAUUCGCAAUUUGGAAUCAGCGCGUUACGUUAGGGCACAAUCUCCUAUCCAGAUACUUAAAGCUGUGAAGAAUGAAAUAGAGAUUAAAAACGCGCGUCACGCUCAGCUGAAAGAGGCGGUAUGUUUGAUCCAAUACUUUUCCUGGUUGGAGGAGGAAGUGGUUCGAAAGGAAAAACUAAUAGAUGAAUAUAAGGCAGCCCAAAAACUAUUAGAGAUAAGAAAAACGCAGAAAAACUUCAAGGGCAACUCGUUCUCCACUAUUUCGGCCACGGGAGCUAAUGCCUCAGUCAUACAUUAUUCACCUCCCUCAGAGGGAUCGACCAUGAUAUGCCCUUACAAGAUCUACUUGUGUGAUGCUGGUUCACAGUUUUUGGAGGGUACUACAGAUAUCACACGUACGUUGUAUUUUAGCUCCCCAAGUCAAGAGGAGUGUGACAACUAUACACUAGUUCUAAAGGGUUGUUUGGCCUUGGAGAGAAUGGUUUUCCCGGAAGGAAUUCGUGGAUGCCACAUAGAUGUUAUGGCAAGACAGUUUCUAUGGCAACAGGGGUUGGAUUAUAGACAUGGUACUGGCCAUGGUGUCGGCUCCUUUUUAAAUGUCCAUGAGGGUCCAAUUGGCAUUGGCAUCUCGUCUCGUCUGGACUCUUUUCAGCCUUUCGAGAAGGGUAACAUAGUUACAAAUGAACCGGGAUACUACAAAGAUGGAGAAUACGGAAUCAGAAUUGAAAAUGACAUGCUAGUGGUGGACGCCGAUCACUUAAAGUUUGGCAAAAAAAAAUUCUUGAAGUUCGAAAAUAUUACUUUGGUUCCAUACUGCAGAAAACUUAUCAGCAUCAAACUUUUGACUGCAGAAGAAAAAUCACAAAUCAACGAAUAUUACUCCCGCAUAUGGUCCACUGUUGCUCCAUUAAUUCAACCACAGGGUAUCGCCUUCAAGUGGUUGAAGAGAGAGACCGCACCUUUGUGA